AUGGCGGCGGCACGGGUGCUGCUACUCCUCUCCGGGCGCCCGGAGUCGGUGAGCUUCGCGCAGAGUGUGUGCGGCCUCCUGGGCGCCGGGUCGGGGCUCGGGCCGUGGCCCACGCACUGCGGCCUGAAGCGGGGACAACUGGUCCUCUCGGACAAGCCUUUCCCAGGCGCGUCGGCCAGGCUUCCGCUCCAGCGACCCCCUUUCUGCCCUUUUGCGGCCCUGGACCAACAGCCCAGGGCUCCGGGGGUCGAGCUGCCCCCGAAUGGUCGAGGUGUGGAUCUGGGUGUGGCGGUCAUUCUGCAGUCCAGCGAUCAGACUGUCUUGCUGACGCGAAGGACAAGCACCCUCAACGUUUCGCCCAACCUCUGGGUACCCCCAGGUGGGCAUGUGGAACCUGAUGAAGAGCUGCUGGAUGGUGGGCUUCGAGAGCUUUGGGAGGAGAGUGGACUCCAGCUGCCCCAGGGCCAGUUCUCCUGGGUCCCUCUGGGGUUAUGGGAGUCUGCCUACCCCCCUAAGCUGAGCUGGGGUCUCCCCAAAUACCAUCACAUCGUUCUCUACAUACUUGUCAUCUCCCAGGAGUCACAGCAGCAGCUCCAGGCCCGGAUUCAACCAAAUGCAGGAGAGGUGAGUGCCUUCAUGUGGCUGGGACCAGACAUAGCAGCUGCAGUGGCUGCCACAGAGGAUGGGACAGAGACCCCCAAACAUCUUCCCCAGGACCUACCAUCUUCUGUCCCUGCAGUGGAACUAAAAGAGAAUGGAGGAGUCCAGCCUCUGGCCUUGCCCACAUCCACCCUGCUGAGGACAACCCCAGCCACGGCAGACAGCAGAGAGAGGGUCAGCACUGGCACCAAGUUUGCCCUCACGCUCUGGCUGCAACAUCUGGGCAGGUAGAGCCGGGAUGGCAGCUGAGGUGACAGGACAGUGCUUCUUCGUCGGGGGCAGGUCCUCCUCAUCUGAUGAGCUUUCUACUGUCAAGUCAAUAACUUCAACCUUCUUCUUACUCUCCGAUGGAUUGCCC